AUGGCUUUCUAUUUCGCACUGUUGAACGUCUCCAAAAAGGACAAUACUCAGGAGAAGAGCUCUUCUUCUUCUCAUCAUCAUUCCAGAAAACAUAGAAGACAUUCUAUAGCUUCCGUGGAGUCUCCAUUGUUGGAUUAUCGACUUUUACCGAGGCCACAACUCCUCUCCGACGACGUGGUGAUCACCAACGAAUUGGCUCAACAAAUCGAGUCUUGCUCUUCUUCGGUCCAUCCAAAUAACCGAUUAGCCGAUAGAAGAAGUCGUGGAAGUGCGAGAGCAUCGAAAUGGGUUCAAGACAACCAUCAUCACAAUCAGCAUGCACCGCUUCAAAGGGAGCCGAAUCAUCAGGCGACGUCUUCUAGAGCUCCCCUGACCAGGAAUGAUACAGAAAGUGAUCCUCCGCCUUUGAGUAGAAGUAAACGAAUGGCUUUCGGAGGGGAAGAAUCUAAAGAGACAAAAAAACGUGGAGGAGUAGUUAGAGCAGUGGAAGAACGGAAAAGAGGAGAACGGCAUUCAGAAGAGGAAGAAGGAGGUGGGAAACAGAAGACGUUGAGAAGAAGAGCAGGAAAGAAGGAAGACGUUGAAGAAGAUUCUGGAAAAGAAAGGAGAAAUCAGAAGAAAGACGAAGGAAAAGAAGGAGGAGGAGGACCGAAGAAAGAGGAUGGGAGAAAAAAGGAACCAAUAAAGACUAUGAGACGCGGAACAAAAAGCCACCUGCCAGUCCCUAUUCCAGCCAGUGCUGCCAAAUCUCAGAAUACCGCGGCUCAUAAAAAAGACACCAAACCGGAGCAUCUGCAAAUUAAGUACAGUGCUCCACUGUCACUAAUCACUUCCAAUUCAAGCUCAGCCCUCAGUUCUAGCGCCAGAUACGCUUCACCGCCCGCGUCAGCAGCUACAGUCAACGGAAGAAAGCCACGUGGCAGGGCAGAUAAUCCCCUUCGCUCCUCUGUAUUUCAAGUGAUGGCUGGAAGUAGUGCAACUGAUGAAAGUGGGCGGUCAUGUAGUCAAAUGAGCAAUGAGAGCACAACACCAAGGCGAGAUGACUCCCCAGCUUCGUCGUGUUGUGAUCCGAAGGAGCAGGAGGUUGCAAUGAAGCUCUCUGCUAUCUCUAUGUCCUCCAGGACGAGUGAACCACGUCUCAAGAAGGUCACUUUUGAGAGUUCUCCUUAUGUUAUAUCGAACUCUUUUUUAGGCGAUGGAGCGGGCAAAGUUCUCGUAGUCCGCCGUGGCAGCGGAACGGCUGUCCGACGGAUCUGCAACGGAUGGAAUCAGCCGAAAGUGUUGAUCGAGGGAGUACGAGACGAAGUGUCUGGCGACGAUUGGUGGACACAUUGCGCGGAAGGAGAAGAACAAGAAGCAAUCAAUGAUAAUCAUAUGAAUAAGACGUUGGAGAAGGAGAAGAGAUCGAUUCUGAGAAGAGGAUUGAUUAGAAGAAGGAGUACGUCUGAUAAGAGCAGAUUGUUGGCGUAUAGGAAUUCGGGAUUCUUGUCGAGUUCGCAGGAAAGGAAGUCUGAAUCUACACCAGCAUCGAGAAUGACCGUCUCAGUGGAUCGACCGAAAUAUAAAUAA